AUGAAGGAAUUUGACUAAAAAUAUAGUAUCAAUUUGAAAAUAAGUAUUAGAAUAAUAAAAAUAAAUUAAUAGCAUAUAAAUUAUUGUGGAAGAAUGGAGGUGUAAAAAAUAAAUAAAAUAAAUCUUCAAUGGUUGAUUAGUAAAUUAAUAGUUUGAUAUUUAUUAAUAAAUUUUAUCAAAUUCGUUAAAAAACUCUACUCUCUUAUCUUUUAAUUAAUUUUUUUAUUUGUUUAAUGAGAGGUACCCACCAAUUAAUAACUCAAUUUGAACUUAAUGGAUAUACUUUGCCUUUGAUGGAAAAGAACAUGUGCAUUACAUUUUUGAAAGAUCUACUCUAAUAAAAUCCAAUUGAUAUGGACUUUAUACUUACAAAUACUUCGCCAUCUCCUCAACAACGAAAAUUAUUGACAUUAAAAUCAAAUAUUUUGUAAUUAAUAAAGGAGGAUAAAGAUCCAUUGAUUACAACUCCUAGAUUUGAUUAUGCUUAAUUAGAUAGCAUAAUUCCAAAGAAGAAUAGAAAUAAAAUAAAUGAAAUUAAAACAAAAGUUGAAACUCUUCUUAAUAGUAAUAAUAUUGAUCCUCCUUUGACAAUUAAGAAAAGGUAAAAUUAAAAUUAAUAAGAUAGAUGGUGGACAGAAGAAGAAGACUAAUAACUAAAAGAAUUAGUCACAUAACAUGGUGCCAAAAAUUGGAAGAAAAUAGCUUCUUAUUUUGAAGAGAGAACUGAUGUUUAAUGUUUACAUAGAUGGUAGAAAGUUUUAAAUCCAGAUCUUGUAAAAGGUCCUUGGACAUAAGAAGAAGAUGAAUUAUUAGUAAAAUUAGUAACUAAUUAUGGGCCAAAGAAUUGGAGUUAAAUUGCUAAACAUUUACCUGGCAGAAUUGGUAAAUAAUGUAGGGAAAGGUAUUCAAAUUAUAAUCAAUUAGGUUUCACAAUCAUUUAGAUCCAAAGAUCAAUAAAGAAAGAUGGACUGAUGAAGAAGAUUAAACUAUAAUAGAAGCUCAUAAAAAAUUAGGAAAUCGUUGGUCAUUGAUAGCUGGCUUAUUGAAAGGAAGAACAGAUAAUUCUAUUAAAAAUCAUUGGAAUAGCACUUUAAAAAGANUUCUCAACUAUGAAAUGAAGGAAUUUGACUAAAAAUAUAGUAUCAAUUUGAAAAUAAGUAUUAGAAUAAUAAAAAUAAAUUAAUAGCAUAUAAAUUAUUGUGGAAGAAUGGAGGUGUAAAAAAUAAAUAAAAUAAAUCUUCAAUGGUUGAUUAGUAAAUUAAUAGUUUGAUAUUUAUUAAUAAAUUUUAUCAAAUUCGUUAAAAAACUCUACUCUCUUAUCUUUUAAUUAAUUUUUUUAUUUGUUUAAUGAGAGGUACCCACCAAUUAAUAACUCAAUUUGAACUUAAUGGAUAUACUUUGCCUUUGAUGGAAAAGAACAUGUGCAUUACAUUUUUGAAAGAUCUACUCUAAUAAAAUCCAAUUGAUAUGGACUUUAUACUUACAAAUACUUCGCCAUCUCCUCAACAACGAAAAUUAUUGACAUUAAAAUCAAAUAUUUUGUAAUUAAUAAAGGAGGAUAAAGAUCCAUUGAUUACAACUCCUAGAUUUGAUUAUGCUUAAUUAGAUAGCAUAAUUCCAAAGAAGAAUAGAAAUAAAAUAAAUGAAAUUAAAACAAAAGUUGAAACUCUUCUUAAUAGUAAUAAUAUUGAUCCUCCUUUGACAAUUAAGAAAAGGUAAAAUUAAAAUUAAUAAGAUAGAUGGUGGACAGAAGAAGAAGACUAAUAACUAAAAGAAUUAGUCACAUAACAUGGUGCCAAAAAUUGGAAGAAAAUAGCUUCUUAUUUUGAAGAGAGAACUGAUGUUUAAUGUUUACAUAGAUGGUAGAAAGUUUUAAAUCCAGAUCUUGUAAAAGGUCCUUGGACAUAAGAAGAAGAUGAAUUAUUAGUAAAAUUAGUAACUAAUUAUGGGCCAAAGAAUUGGAGUUAAAUUGCUAAACAUUUACCUGGCAGAAUUGGUAAAUAAUGUAGGGAAAGGUAUUCAAAUUAUAAUCAAUUAGGUUUCACAAUCAUUUAGAUCCAAAGAUCAAUAAAGAAAGAUGGACUGAUGAAGAAGAUUAAACUAUAAUAGAAGCUCAUAAAAAAUUAGGAAAUCGUUGGUCAUUGAUAGCUGGCUUAUUGAAAGGAAGAACAGAUAAUUCUAUUAAAAAUCAUUGGAAUAGCACUUUAAAAAGAAGAUUGAAAAUGUAAAAUAGAUGGGAAGAUCUUUAAGUCUUACCAAGAUAAGAUGAAACUGAUAUUAAAAGUAUUCCAAGAAGACAAGUAUAGAGGAGACAUAUGUAUUAUAAAACUCCUGAAAAAUUGGUUAAACGAGAUCCAGUCUCUAGAUAACUUAAUUUCUUAACUCCAUACUCAAAUAAUACUCCAAGUAAUUAUUUUUUUACAUUCAUAAGAAUCUGAAACUACUCCGAAAAAUCUUAGCAUAGUUUAUCCGAAUUUAUCAGCCAAAGGUUCAGAAAUUAUGUAAAAUUAUUUAUAUUUUAGAGAUUCGUGCUCAAUUUUAUUCAAAUAAUUAAGUGAAUUAAUUAAUAUGGAUCUUGAAUUCAAUAAAUAAUAUAGUUACAAAUGA